CGGAAGGAAGUCGUUCCGGUUUCAGGGCCCGGCUAGUGGUACAGCUGCUGCUGAAUGCGGUUGCUGUGGUAAGGGCGAGGCCUCAGUGGGCGGCGGCGGCGGCGGCGGCUACCUGGAUCUCGGGGACCGUGUAAAAAGUGGAUAGUGACUUGCAUGACAAGAAAAGAUGGCGAGGUCACGCUCCAAAUCAUCUCCCAAGAAGAAACAGAGGCCUUCAUCACCAGCACCUAGAAAGUCUGAACACUACAAGCAAAGAAGUUCUCAUGGGUAUCAUGGCCUUGACCAUAGGAAGGAUCUGAACAGAUCCACCACUUGGAGAAUGCACAAGAAUGGACAGAGGAGAUCAAGGAAUUCUUCUCGUGAAAAUACGUAUUACCGAUAUCAUAAACGUAGAUCAUCUUCUCCAAACACAAGAAGCUCUUCAGACAAAUUUUAUUCUUAUAAGCCUUACCAAGCAUAUUCACCAGGAAGAGAGGAUGGUAACAGGUAUACGUCCAGAUACUCAGAAGGUGGAUACUACCCAGAGUAUCAGUGGGAUUAUUAUCCUCAGCACGUGCGAGGAAGGUCUAUUCCUUAUGACCACAGAGGUAGAAGAAGUGGAAAAAGAGGAAAAUCACCUCAGAGGUCAACAGAAGAUUCUUCUAGAUUUGAACGAAAGCAGCGUGAAGAUGAGCUGAGGUCCCAGAAGACACGAGAUGAAAAAUAUUCUCGCUCUCUUAGAAGACGCUCUGAAGAUGUUGAGAAAAGGAGCUCUUUUAAGAAGAGGCAUACUGAGGAUCGUGAUUACAGAAGACAUGGACACACAUCAACAAGACACACAGGCGUGGAGAGGCAUGACAACAGAGAGCCGUCCAGAAACCCUCAGAGCAAGCCGAGGCAUCCCCCUUCGCCUCACCAAGAGAAGAGAGCUCAGCGCAGCCCUAAGUACCAAGCUCAUCGACAUGCUCAGAAGAGACCCUCGGAGACCAGUUCAUCAACCAGGGCAUCCAGCGACUCUCGCCACAAACGCCGCAAGACCUCAGAUGGGGACCAGGACUUGUCUGAUGGAAAAACUCAGAAAUACUCUAAGGAGGAAGAUAGAAAGAGCACUCCUCAGAAUGACAAUGGAAAGUCCAGUUGCUCACGUGCUGGAAGACAGAGAGAGACUGAAGAUGGGAAAGAUAAAAGUCCUUCAAAAUCAUCUAAGAAACACUCCAUUGCCUCUGCUCAUUCAGAUAAAAGUGUUGAUUUCAGAACCUCUAACGACAAACAGAAGAUGGAAAGAAAGAAAGAAAGGGAUGACAGGAAAGAGAGCAACUCCUCCAGUAACCACCUUGAUGAAAGUAAAGCUUCUGAUAUGAAACCUUCAUCCACUAGUCUUAGAAAGAAAUCACUUAUAAUUAAAGUAGAUGAGAAGAAAACAGUAAAUAUAUCCAGGGUCGCUUCUAUCAAGACAGAGAGUGAGAUGUCAGCUGAUUUGUCUGCUGUUAGCAAGAAAAGUGAGGACUCGGAACCAGUGCUUGAACAUCUUGGCUCAACUGAGAAUACUGAAAACAAAAGUAAAGAAGAAUUGGCUCAGGAAAUCAUAACUGUCAUCCAUCAAGUUAAAGUUAAUUAUUUUCCAUCACCUCCCAUCACUCUACAUGAGCGUUUCUCAAAAUUAAAAGAUCAACAAGCUAUAGAUGGAAAUGAAAAUAAAUGGACUCCAGAUUCAGGAAAUCCAAGGAGAGUAAAUAUGCCUUUGGCUGAGCUUCCAAAUAAACACGCUAUGACUCUGGUCAAAGUAAUAGAUCCAAAUGAUCUACGACAUGACAUUGAAAGAAGGAGAAAAGAACGAUUACAGAAUGAAGAUGAGCACAUUUUUCACAUAGAUAGUGCUACAGAGAGGAAUGAUCAGCCUUUCCCUUUUUUGACUCCUGCUGGUAGACCUCAAAACCCUCAGUGGGUUAAAAAGUCAAAUUCUACAAAAUUUAUUCAGGGAACUUACAUGAGCAACUUUAGAGGUGGCAGACCCCAGCCCCAUCAUAAAUCAGACCUUGUGCAGAAGAGCUUGUACAUUCAGGCCAAAUAUCAGCGUUUACGGUUCGCUGGGUCAAAGGGAUUUAUCACUAAUAAAUUCAGACAAAGAUUACUGAAGAAAAAGGAACACACAAACAUGGCCACUGAAGUCUAAUGGGCAAUCGAUGCAAAGGGAAGCCACACUACAGGACGAUAUUGAGAGCAUCUCUGUCAGGACUUAGAAUUAUCUCUAAAGCACUAAUACUGUAACUUUCUUGAAGAAAAUAACUUUAUUUUUCUGUAGUGGAUGCUGCAACUGUUUUAUACUUGCUUUUAAAUUACAGUAUUCAAUUGAAACAUUGUACAACUACAGUUUCUUUUGCAAAAAGUCUCAAAAGGACAUUCAUUAUUUGUUGAAUUUUUC